AAUUCUGACUACCAGGAUGUCGGCAAUCCACAACUCUUGGAUCGGAAAGCCCGCCAUCGCUUCAUUUCCCUCCAGUUACAACCCAAUUUCUAAUCGACCGAGUCCACUCGCUACCUACCACGCCUUUUCGAAGUUGCACCAGAACCCUAACUCCCAACCGAACUGAACCACUUUUCCACCCCGAAUUCUCAAAUCUCUGAAUCAACUCGGACCGACCAGGUAAUUCUCCCUUAUCUUUCUACCCCUCCGCAUCGAAUUCCUUGUAACUUCUGGUUCAAUUUGGUAUCCAUUCCUGACGGCAUAAUAGAAAAAUCAGGCUUCAAAUCUCGGUUGAAGUCUCGGUUUGAGUGAAAGUUUCUUAAGAGUUUCUUUUUUCUUUUUUCUUUUUUUCUUUUUUAUUUGAAUUUGACACUCACUUAUACUUUGAAAUGAAGAUGGGUUUUGAGUAAGAUGAAGAUAUUUGUUUGGUAACUGUGUUAAGAUGGUAAAAUGCUGGAAGAUUACGUAGAAAUUGCUAAAUUUUUCGACCUUGUUGGAAACAAAAAUAAUUACCCAUUUUGUUAACAUGUAUGAUAUAUCCAUAGCAUGCAAGCAAGGCGGGGUGUUAUGUAUUUCUUGAUUGGUUUCUGAGCUCAACUUCUUGAUUUUGAUUGUAAAAAGGUUGCUGCAAAGAAAAACCUUGGUAUAGGAAAAAUGGGAACCCCUGUUUCUGAUGGUUCUAUUUCGAAGCGGUCUUUGAGAAAGAAAGCGGGUUUGCGAAAUUAUGAUGAGAAUUUGAUGGAUGAGCUUAUAGAGAAGCAUCUGGGUGGUACUUUGAAGAAGAGGAAUAGAACGAAGGAGGAUUUGGAGAAAGAGACCGAGACCGAGGCUAUGAUAGCCUUUUCUCUUGGUUUCCCAAUUGAUGCGCUGCUCGAGGAUGAAAUUCGAGCUGGGGUAGUGAGAAAAUUGGGUGGGAAGGAACAGAAUGAUUAUAUUGUUGUGAGGAAUCACAUACUCGCAAGAUGGAGGGACAAUGUGAGAAUGUGGCUUUCUAAAGGGCAGAUUAGAGAAACUGUGAGUAGUGAGUAUGAACAACUGUUAUCUUCUGCUUAUGAUUUUCUUCUUUAUAAUGGAUAUAUUAAUUUUGGGGUUUCGCCAUCAUUUACAUCUCAAAUGCCAGAGGAGACAACAGAAGGGUCUGUCAUUAUUGUUGGCGCAGGACUUGCUGGGCUGGCUGCGGCAAGGCAACUCUUGUCGUUUGGUUUCAAGGUGAUGAUUCUAGAAGGUAGGAAUCGACCUGGUGGAAGAGUUUAUACUCAAAAGUUGGGACUGGAGGGUAAAUUUGCUGCAAUGGAACUUGGUGGCAGUGUUAUUACUGGAAUCCAUGCUAAUCCUCUUGGAGUUCUGGCUCGGCAACUUUCUAUUCCACUUCAUAAGGUCAGAGACAAUUGCCCCUUGUACAAGCCAGACGGGGCACCUGUUGGUAAGGACAUUGAUUCCAAGGUUGAAGUCAUCUUUAACAAGUUACUUGACAAAGUCAUGGAACUUCGACAAAUUAUGGGUGGUCUUGCAACUGAUAUUUCUCUGGGCUCAGUUUUGGAGACACUCAGGCAGUUAUAUGCUGUGGCCAGAAGUAAUGAGGAGAGGCAACUUCUUGAUUGGCAUCUUGCAAAUUUGGAAUAUGCAAAUGCUGGAUGUCUAUCGGACCUCUCGGCUGCCUACUGGGAUCAGGACGACCCGUAUGAAAUGGGUGGUGACCACUGCUUUCUAGCUGGAGGUAACUGGAGAUUGAUAAAAGCAAUGUCUGAUGGAUUGCCUAUAUUCUAUGGGAAGACUGUGAGUGCUAUUAGGUAUGGAAAUGAAGGAGUUGAGGUGGUUGCUGGGGACCAAGUAUUUCAAGGAGAUAUGGUGUUAUGCACCGUGCCUCUUGGGGUUCUUAAAAAAAAGACUCUCAAAUUUGAACCCGAGUUGCCCCAGAGAAAGCUUGAAGCAAUUGAGAGGCUGGGAUUUGGACUGCUGAAUAAAGUUGCAAUGGUUUUUCCUCAUGUUUUCUGGGGAGAAGACCUGGACACAUUUGGAUGUCUCAGUGAACAUAGUAAUACCCGUGGAGAGUUCUUUUUGUUUUAUGGUUAUCAUACUGUUUCUGGAGGUCCAGUUCUUAUAGCAUUGGUGGCUGGAGAAGCUGCAAAAACAUUUGAAUGCACAGAUCCAUCUAUUUUGCUCCAUCGUGUUUUAAGCAUCCUCAGAGGUAUAUAUAAUCCUAAAGGUGUUAAUGUGCCUGAUCCAAUUCAAACAAUAUGUACAAGAUGGGGUAGUGAUCCCCUUUCCUAUGGUUCAUACUCUCAUGUUAGAGUAGGGUCAUCUGGCUCUGAUUAUGAUUUGCUAGCAGAAAGUGUGGGAAAUCGGCUAUUCUUUGCAGGUGAGGCCACAACUAGGCAAUAUCCAGCCACUAUGCAUGGUGCCUUUUUAAGCGGACUUAGAGAAGCUUCAUGCAUAUAUCGAGCUGCAAGGGGUCAUCAAAACAAUCCAAGAAAAUAUGUUCAAAGGAAUGUUGGACCAAGUAAUGAUUUGAUGGUAGAUCUUUUCAAAAAGCCUGAUCUAGAAUAUGGAAAUUUCUCGUUUGUAUUUGACCCUUCAACAGAAGACCCAAGAUCAAUGGGGCUUGUCAGAGUUAAUUUUAGUAGUAAUGAAGGCGGUUAUAAAGAGGAGUUAUCUAACAGCUUUGUAGAUUCCUCAAAUCAACCCUUGCAUCUCUAUACUGUUAUAUCUCGACAACAGGCAUGUGAGCUAGAAUUGUUGACAGGAGGAGAUGCAAGAAGGUUGUCACACUUGGUUAAAAAUCUGGGCUUGAAGCUGCUAGGACCUAGUGCAAUGGGAUAUUUAGGCAACUCUUUAAUAACUGAUAUUACUAAUGCACGAAGAGGCAGGGGCCGGAAUCGCACCUAUGUUGGGCAGAAAUGAGUUAUGUAGAGAUCUUCCCCAUUUCGGGACUUGAAUCUUCGUGUACACCCCUUGUUAUGUUAGAGGUAGUUAGAAAUCCAGUACGCCUUUCCUUCUAAAGUGCACUCUUUUGUGUAUAAAUGUAGCCAAGUAGGUUAUUCGUUAGCUUCAAGAGAAUAAUCAGUUUCUUGGAGGUUGACUGGGAAAGCCCUUUUUUUUUUUUUUUUUUUUUUUUUUUUUGAAAAUGUACCCAAAAAAAAAAAAUGUAGAAAAUUCUGUAGUCUGACAGUGACCAACUUGUUGUAACUGGUGAGCCAUCAGCCUAAUCAUCUGGCUGUAAAAUUUUGUAUAGGUUGAAGGCCUACGUACAAGCGUCCCAUUUUAGUUGGGGAGGAAAUGCGGUAAAGAAUGAGGACGUAGUUCUGCUUUGGAAUCUUU